GACUAAAAAUUAUUUGGUAGUUGAUAUGGCGGAGGGCGACUUGAAUGUGGAUAGCAUAAUAACCCGCUUGUUAGAAGCUCGCGGAAGACCGGGAAAGAGUGUUCAACUAGCAGAAUCUGAAGUCCGUGGACUGUGUCUCAAGUCCAGGGAAAUCUUUUUGAACCAACCCAUUCUGCUGGAGUUAGAGGCUCCUCUCAAAAUAUGCGUUUGUGAAGCUCUUAAUGAAAGAUUGGGAUCAACAUCACUGUCUGCAUGUUUAACCCAAACAGAAGUACAUGCUUUUGAACCUUUAGAUGUUUAUGAUACAGGUGACAUUCAUGGACACUACCCAGAUCUUUUAACAUUAUUUGAAUGUGGAGGUUUUCCUCCUGAGGCAAACUACCUGUUUUUGGGUGAUUAUGUGGACAGAGGAAAGCAGUCCCUGGAAACCAUCUGUCUUUUGUUAGCUUAUAAGAUCAAAUAUCCUGAAAACUUCUUUCUGUUGCGAGGAAACCACGAGUGUGCAAGCAUUAACAGAAUAUACGGCUUCUAUGAUGAAUGCAAAAGACGCUAUAACAUCAAGUUGUGGAAAACAUUCACAGACUGCUUUAACUGUUUACCAAUUGCUGCUAUAGUGGAUGAAAAGAUCUUCUGUUGCCACGGAGGUCUUUCACCAGAUUUACAGUCUAUGGAACAGAUAAGAAGAAUCAUGAGGCCCACAGAUGUUCCAGACACUGGUGAGAAGCAAAGAGACUAAUGUUAGAGAGAAAAUAGACCUGGAAAGGGUGCUGGA